ACUCAUUCUUUCGAUUUAUAGUUUGAAUUUUCAAUCUGUUAGAGAAUUCUGCGGCCAGAAUCUCAUACCAGAGUACACAAAACCGAAAAAGGGGAGCAGAUUUCGUUUAUAAAUCAAGCAACCAACGCCAGUCGGAUCAACGGGAAGAGGAGCGAGCGGCAGUGAUCUCUUUCUCCUUCCCUUGAAUUCCUCGCCAAAUUAUUUAAAAAGAUUUGCAGAUUCAAUCGAUAGCCAUAAAGAAUCUAUCUGCAAUAGCUCUUGGGUUCGUUUCCAUUCUCCUUGCACAACCAUCGAAUUCCGGCGACAUCUUCUUCCCCGCAAAGAUGCCACCUUUUCUCACAACUGAUUAGCUUUGCACUCCCCUGUAUCUCAAAACAGACGAGCCUUCUUCGCUCAUAAAUCAAAAAUGGUACUUCAAGAAGAAAGAAACCACAACAAUGGCUGCCGCAGGGAAAGAUCUGGUUUCAUGCCGAAGAAGCACAAGGCGAAUAAAGUUCCGCAGCGUGGGCUCGGCAUUGCUGCUCUUGAGAAGCUUCGAAGAGAAGACCAACAGAGCAGGAUUGCCGGCUGGUUCUCCGCCGGCGACAAUACCACCACCGCUACAGCUUCCACUGGAGGCAGCGUGCAUCUCUCCUCUGGCGUCAUAUCACCCGCCCCCUUUCUCCCCGCACUCGAGCAAAGCACAAAACCCUGUUUUUUCGGUUCUUCGCCAUUAUUUGGGAAUUCAGUACAGAGCGAAAGUUCCUCCAUUUCAAGCUCGCGGUUGCCUCUACUUCCCAGGAAGCUGCAAGAGGGGCAACAAAGAUACUCACUGCUGAUAAGGAACUUUCUGUCACCUCCUAUGUCUUCUGGAGCUAGUCUUCAGAUAGAGCCCCCUUCAAACCAAAGCUACGUUAGCAUUAAUCCUCCUUCCAUGCCCGUGCAGAAAUUUGCAAAUUUGAAGCGUUCUUGGGCCUUUCAUCCGGGCUCAGCUCUAGAAUCUGGUAACGAUCCCAAAAGAAUUGCUUUGUCAAGUUCAAGCUGUUCUCGAAUCAAGGUUGGAGCUGAAGCAGAAGCUUCUAAGCUUGAUGGAAGCUUGCUCAGCCUGGGUCUUCUGCCUGUUUCAGAACCGAGCUCCAUGCAAACAAUACCAUUUCAUAAACACUAUGCUCAUAAUCUGCAACAUAUUCAGAAAAACAGAGAGGAAAAUAUUUCAGAAGCUAUUGGUCCACCCACUCUUUACAAUUUCAUGGGCCUGCCUCAUGAUCUCAUUAAUGAAGCAGAUACAGAAUCCAAAGAUGAAUUCUAAUACAGAUUAUCUUUGAAAGUAGAAAGCUUGCAAAAUUAAAUUUUUCGAUGUAUAGUUUUCCGUAUCAUGCAGUAAUUUCUUCUCGUUUCCUUGCUUCAAUCUAGUAUGUUCCAGGCUUUCAGCUCCAUUGUUGUUUGCAAUUAUUGGCAAAGCAUGAAUCAAAAUUUACUAGCAAUGGAUUUGAAGAACUGAUACAAUUAAAAAUCAUUAUAAAUUCAUGCUGUUUCAGAACAGAACAAGAAUCUGAGUUGAAGACUUGAGGAAUUGAAAUAUUUAGAAAAAGUUGAUGGGUGCUGAAUUCAUGUGAGGUUGCAGAGCAGAGUGUGUUUAAAUGUUAUGAGUCAAUACGGAUCUGAGGGUUCGGUGAAAGAUAUCAAAAUUCGGAUAUGAUAGGAUGGUGGUCAUUUUCAUGGCAAGGCCUGUGCAGUCCUACCAACCAUUUUACUGAAUUAGGGACCACAAGCAUCACAUGAUAUAUUAUGAAUAAAUACAAUAUAUUUAUUAUAAAUAAAACAACAUGAAAAAAAGAAUCAGGGCUGUAUCUGAAUGGGCCCUCAAGAGUUAUUAGCCUUGCAGAACUAAAAUUCUCUUUUGCAUCUCUCUCUCUCUCUCUCUCUUGUGGAGAUUAUUGCAUGUAUAUGAUCACUGUUGUAUUUAGGACUUCUUUUAAGAUGAGAGAGAAGAGCUAGAGAGAGAAAUGAGAAUCAACAUUCUC